CAGGAGUAGCCUGUAGAAAGUCUAAACUGUGCGUAGGGCAUGUGAAAGUGACAUUUACUCUUUAGAUUUUGGAGGUGUGUGUGUAUGGGAGUGGUGUCUGCUGUGCGUUUAGAAAGCAAUUAUUGAGGGUGUCCCCCUGUCAGGCACCGAUUAUUUAUCUGGAAAUAUAACAGUUAAAAGGAGAGAGGACACAGAGAGUCCGUGCCGGCUGCUGAGAGCUGUCACUUUCUCUGUGUGCAUGUGUGUGUGUAGAGAGGGAUUAUCAGUACGCGCGUGAUGCCGAGCGCAGUUUGGGUGAUGCAUUCAGUCGGGGAACGUGCAGCGGGGAGCAGUGAGCGUCAAUCCGGACAUUCAGCUCCAGAUUCCCCACAGUAGCAGGAGAGGGGGUCCAGCAGGAGAGGGGCCACCGUCUCUGCGAAUCACAGGAUAUCCACUCCUUUUGUGUUUUAUUUAUUUUUUGGAUGAAUGCUCUAUUGGUGCAGAGUGAACGUCAAAGAUGCGCACCGCUGAACAAAGGAUUUAGGGGAAAACGAUCAAAAAUCUCUGUGACAUAUUAAUCCUGACACGAGGGUGUGUUUUGCCUAUGCCCAUUUCUGCUUCUGAGAACAACAGACAGGGGCUAAAUAGUCGAGUUCUCCUGCUUUCAAAGCUGGAGUAGGAGGAAUCAUCUGGGUUGAUCGCGAACGAGUCCAUGUGGAUGGAGAGAGAAUACGCAAACACAGCGAGCGGAGCUCAUUCCGAAAUGUGACAUUUUUAACCUCCCAGCCUCCCAUCAAACCUGACAACCGUGCAUCUGCCUUCGUUCCCGAUCGGAUUUGUUUACAUCGAUUAAGAGAUGGCGUUCCUCCCGGUCCUCCUCCUGCUUCUCUUGACUGUUGCCCAGCGUGCCAUCGGUCAGGACUCGGAGGACUCUGAGGCUCUCCCAACAGGCUGCGGCUGGGGCCUAGUUCGUCCAUACACGCUCCUCUGUGACCUGGACUCCAUAUGGGGUGUGGCGGUGGAGUCAGUGGCUGCUGGUGGGGUGCUGACUGCCAUCAUGCUAGCCCUGAUACUGCUGUGCCGCUUACACCACAUCGGGGAAGCUGAGAAGCGCAGCGGUGUCGGGCCCAUCCUCCUGCUGCUGCUCGGCAUCCUAGGCUUGUUUGGACUAAGCUUUGCUUACCUGAUCGAGCAGGAUGAGUCUUUAUGUUUGAUCCAAAGGGCCCUGUGGGGUGUCCUGUUUGCCGUCUGCUUUUCUUGCUUGCUGGUGCAGGGCGUCCGCUUGCGCAGGAUCGGGCGUGAGCGUCGGAGCCCUGGUGGCUGCGCCCUAACAGGCCUUGCGCUGGGUUUGAGUGCCGUGCAGGGCAUCAUAGCCGCUGAGUGGUUACUUCUCACGGUGCUAAGGGAGGGACGACCUGCCUGUGAGUACCUGCCAAUGGACUUCUCACUGGCCUGCAGCUACGUGUUAGCCCUUCUUCUAGCCGCGCUCGCUGCCGCCUCCCUGGCCCUGUGCGGAAAGACACGUCAGUGGCGCUGCAAUGCCAUCUGGCUACUGGUGACCUGCCUGCUGUCGCUGCUGCUGUGGGUGGCCUGGGUGGGCUUCUAUCUGUAUGGCAUUGAAUGGCUUGGUAGAUCCCCAGAGUGGAAUGACCCGGCGCUGGCCAUUGCUUUGGUUGCUCAGGGCUGGCUGCUGCUCAUCUUCCACGCCAUUCCCGAAGCCCACAUCUGCCUGAGACCACCUCCACAGCCCACCGCACCAGAUUACUUUGACACCUCCCAGAACUCAACACGAAUGAGAGAGACCAGCUUCGACGAAGACAUCCCGCUCUCUCACAGGCAGUUUGUGGAAAACCAAGGCUACGGAUACAGCGAUGAGAACGCUGCAGGCUUGAGGAGCGGUGGUGCCGCAGGUCCACACAACAGCAACACGGGCCCCAGGCCCAGCGCUCCUUUCCGCAGCAACGUCUACCAACCCACCGAGAUGACCAUGAUCCUGAACGGGGGUGCGGUGAGUACAUCCUCCCAGUCACAGGUGCCCUCUGCCCCUCCUACCUACACGGGGAGGCAGCUGUGGUGAGUGAGAGGAUCCGAGAGAAGAUGUGUGGUAGAAAAUGAAGAGGAGGAUGGAGAGGGUGAGGAGGGAGGGGUCCUGGAUGAGGGGCCCCAACUGGUUGAAUUGGACAAAAAAAAAGAUUCCUACAGGGCCCUUUCCCACUGUGUACAGACUUAAACACUGACUGUGUGCCAUUUUACUGUUGUAUGAGUGUGUGUGAGACUGAGAAUAGGUAGGGUAGGGUAGGAGGACAGAGCUAAAGCUCUUCUAGCACACAAAUCUCCAUAGAAGGGUUCAAAAGCUUGAAAUGUGGCGAGAGCAAGUAGCAAAACAAAACGCGCGCUGACUUAGAUCUGAAAAUAUCAACAUGCAGUAUUAUUUUUCUUUGAUUCGCUCUACUGAGACUAUACAGCACUGUAAGCAUCGUUGAAAAACUGUGAAAUCUAGCGCCUUUUCCUGCCCUCUCUCUUCCUGUCAGUCAGGAUGUAUUUUCUGCUGCUCCUCAAAAUGCUGGCGCUCACAUGGUAACAUUUGGCUCUGUCCUCCAUUCAUCCACAGUGUAGGUUAAGAAAGAGCACAGGGGCAACUGUACAGCGCGAGCACCGCCCUCUUUCAAAUAAUUUUGCGUCUGUGGGUGUGUAUAUGGAGUAUAUAUGAGAGGAAGAGUGUGUAUAUUCCCUACAUCUCAACUCCACCGCUCCGAUAAACCUCCCCUCUCCAGGCUGUUAUCCUUCAGUGAACACUUCUUCUUCCUCCCUCACUAUCUCCGUUUCCGGCUUCACUGCACUGUCUGUGAAUACAACACAUGACUCUUCUAACCUGGCCUCAUCCUCCCACCUGCAUGGACACUGCCAAAUGUGAAACAAGCUGUAAAGCCCGAAAUGAGUCGGCACACAAGCUCACGGCUAAAGCUGCUCAAAGCACCUGAACAGAGGGGGCGCAAACUGCUACUGAACUGUGCUACCAGGAGUAGCGUGGAUUCUUAUUGGGCAAGGGCGGCGUCAGUCAUUGGUGGGGAGGCAACCGCUUCAUGAAUCUAGGUCAGACAUGAUGUGUGCUCCUCUCCCACAUCUCCGGUGGCCACUGGCGCUUUUGAACCAGCCAGGAGAAACUGUCACUUUAUAUUAGCAGGAAAAGGAGCGAAGAAGUGAAGCGUUGCCCUGUACUUAAUCUCCUCUAUCUGUGUUUAUGUGGUAUGUGUGAUUCUUGUCCGGAGUUGACGGGGUGAAUUUCAAAAAGUCAAGGUUGCUUUCUGGUGCUAAAUAUCCCUCCACACAACAUCCCAGUGUGGCACAAAACUACAGGAACAACACUGAUGCAGAUGUAAAAAAUGUCAGUGACUGGGGAUAAAUAGAGCAGUGGCUGGUGUGUGGAGACAUCCUAGAGCCUUAGAAAGAUCAGAUUUACAGUGCGAGGUAGAAAGAGAGAUAUAUAUCAAAUAUAAGAGGAGGGAGAAGGGGGAUGGGAGCGUGGAGGAAGGAGAUAGCAAGCGACGGUCCGAGGGGAGUUUAUGCGACAGUGCAAGAUCUGUGUGAGAAAAUGGCUCCCUGGUCUGUCUGUGUGUGUGUGUGUGUGUGUGUGUGUGUGUGUGUGUGUGUGUGUGUGUGUGUGUGUGUGUGUGUGUGUGUGUGUGUGUGUGUGUGUGUGUGUGUGUGAUGUGCGGGCAACCAUGCUCUGCUCUAUGUGGUUGUCUUCUUUAUCUGGUGAAGCGUCUCUCCUCCUCCUCCUCCUCCUGUCUCCCUGUGGUCGGCUAUAGUUCAAGUGUAGCCCCGUGCCAAGAAGACUCUGGUUUCACUGGAGUCUUCGUUUCACGCCCUUUCCCUCAUCUCAACACCGGCUCUCUCUCUUCACCCGAGAAGCAGUGUACAUAGUAGUGCUGUAAAGUUUUGCUUGCUUAUUUUUAUUUUUUCAUUUUAACUGUAGCUUAAGUUUAGACACCAGUGUCAUAUGACCCCUUGAGAACUGACUACUGCAAACUUUUUUAUCUGAGGUAUUUUUUUAAAUCUGGUUUGCUUAGUAGUUCAUACAUUUGGUUGUUGUUUCAUUGGGGGCCAAGCAGCGAAGCUGCAAGGAGCCCUGAGUGUUUCUACCUUUUCUUAUUAUUCUUCUUCUGGCUAGGGUGUCUAUGACAGCCCCUAGAACCGUAUGGUAAAAAGUUAUGAAAUUUUGCACACUGAUUGGGGACGGUCCCAUGAUGCUUUUCACCAAGUUUCAUGUCAGUGCUUCUGACGCUCUAGCGCCACCAACGGGGCAAAGUUGGAGUUGCAUUUAGGCACGUAUCUUUUCAACCGUAUGACUGACUUUCAAAAAUGAGGCACCGUUGGAUACAUUGGAUCCAGACAAGUUCAACACACCCUAUGACGUCAAUUUCCGCCAUAGUGGAUUUUGCGCUAUAUGCGAUUUUGUCAAAAACUUUAAAAGGUUUUCACAGGCCACACAUUUUGUCCAAUGUUCAUGAAAAUUGGCACAGAUGAUCUUCAGACCAAGCCUCACAAAUCUAUCUAUAUGGCGUUGUGAUUUGCAAAACCGUUUGCCCGUCACAGCCAAUCGAAAUCCGCUGCGAAGCCGCCAAACAGGAAGUGUGCAUCUCAGCAGCGCUUUGAUGUAUCAAAACCAAACUUGGUACAUGAACUGUCACCCAGUUCUUGGUAACUCCAAACAUUUGUGCAUCAUUUGACCACUUGGAGGCGCUGCAAUAAGCACAAAUAUGUUCUGCCUGAUAACUCUUAAUAUGUUUGCCUUAAAACAAAAAAUCAUAUGUCUGUUUAUACUGUUGGAGGUCCUAAGGCCGACACAUGGCAACUUGUCAUCUCAGCUUAAUUGAUGCGGCCGCCAUAUUGGAUUUAAUUGAAAGGCUUAACAUUUUUCCACAGGCUACACAUUUUGUCCAAUUUACACCAAAUUUGCUUUUAUAUUUUCGUAAGCGCUUGUCAGUUACAGCCUAUGAAAUUCAACAACAAAGCCGCCAAGACAGGAAGUCAAAUCAUUUUUCAGCCAAUCUCUGAUCAAUUGACGUGAAACUUGCUGUGAGUGCUUACGGUCAUGCCCUGGACAUGAUAACAUCAAGUUGCCAUGGCAAUCUGACCUUCUGGACUGCUUGGCCCCCUCAUCGCUGCUUGUAGCUAUAUUCAUGCUUUGAUUUCUCUCUUGCUGGUGUCUUUUUAAAAGCUAGCAUUUUGGAAAUGUUUUGCCAACAAUAGAUAUGCUUUAUUUUUUGUUUCAUUAAUGUUCAAGGAAAUGAUGAGUUGUCAUAUAAAGGGAUUUAUGUCGGUUGUACCUCCUGCAAUAUUCUCAGUCAAGUCCUAUCUUCACUGUAACAGUUACAGGGAUAUAAACAUACUUAUUUUUAUUUUAUUUUAGAAAAAAUACUAUGGCUGUGAAUAUUUGGCACUUCAUGCUGUAAACAAUAACUUAUUCUGCUUUAUGAAUAUGUUGGGGAUAAUCAUUUUAAAAAAGCGUUCUGAAAAAUAUAAUUUGGUGACCCUUGGUGUUAGAUCAACCCUAGACUAAGACAAGCCAAAGGGUACACCCCUGAAUGCUGCUGUAGGCUAGGUCUUACCCACUGGCUAUUCUAAAAGGGGAUUGGUACCAGCAGGCCAGCUCCAUGCCCAAAGAGAGCGUGUCCUGCUACUUCAGGCUCUGUUUGGGCCCACCCUGCGUCUUAGCUCAUGCAGAACGAUCCUCAGGGUUUUGGAUGGUGGGCAGUAACAAGAUAAAACUCUCAACAUUAAAAGCGGAGGGGGGAGGCAUUAGUUCUUGUUGUUUUCACUCAAUGUGGAGUAUAAAAGAACAAAAAAAAAACAAUAAUAACAUGUGACUUUGUAGAUUUUGCACUUGUCGACUACCUAUCUGUGCAUGCUUAUCACCAUUUCUACAUGUAAGACCUUUCUCAGACGUACUUUUGAAUACUAACUCUAUUUAUGUAAAGGUCAUGUGACAGCAAUCAUCAUUUCAGUGUAUAUCAGAUGACACAUUCAAUGUCUGUGCUUUCUUAAACACUAAAGAGAGCUGGCUCUUGAGAAGCAAAAAGAUUAAAGUCAGGGGAAAUGGUCCAAUAUAGUGUGAUUCCCCAAAAAGGAACAAAAUGCCAUCUCUACUGGACCUAAUAAUAACUUCCUUGUUAGUUUGAAGUCUAGAGGGUAAAAAAGAGAAUCUUCUGACUGGUAUCGUCUCUGUGUUUAAAAUCAAAUAGACUGUGGUGAAAUUUGCACAAAACUUCUAUAUGUUAAGUUUGUCAUCCCUGGGCGGCCCACCGAACACUCAUCCUAGGUUUGACUUGUCCUUGCCUGUCCUCUCCUGAUUUGUCUUGCCUUCAGACUGUUCCAGCGGGGCAGCUGACAGGGGUGAUAUUGGUUUUCACAGCUGUGACUGUGCGGUGACGCAGCAUGCCUAUGUAUAGAACUUGAUUCCUCUAAUUAGAAAAAAAAAAAACUGUUAACUCUUGUUUCUGCAAUUGAAUCAGGAAAAAAAUAAAUUCAAUAAAAGUGUCAUGUUUGUAGUUAACUUUUAA